AUGCCACGAGCCGUGGUUGGUGGAAUUCCUCUGUUCCAGCCUAGCCGAAUACCUAAAGUCGGAGCAAGAAGGCCAACAGAGUCUGAACUAUAUUUUUCGCCGGAUCUCUGGUGCCCUGCAGAUAUCCUCGACAACAAGGUGGGCCAGGACUGCGCGGCUCUUAGAGGUAUUUGUCUAGUUCUAUCAAUUUUGCACCUAUUAACCCCAUUCUCCCAGCUUCAUCGGAGAUGCCCUCUCAAAGGAAGCGUCUCUGAUGGCAAACAUCGAUUGCGUACGAGCUUUUCAAAAGAAGCGGAGGCACAAAUCUCAAAGUGCAGCGCGAAGCCAUCUGAAAUCCCCCGUCAAAGAAUCCUUCUGAGAAUCAACGACCCUCAAAUUCACGUUACGGAGUCGUCCGAGGUCGAAUUACAUAUCGAAUCCUUUGAGAUAGUAAACAUUGCCACCUCUCCAGACAAAGCCUUGUCCAUCGGCUGGCCCGCAGUCAAUGAAAAAGCAGUCUCUGAGAAGAUAUUUGAGUAUAAGCAAUUAAAAGCAAAGGAAGUUGGAACUCCCGCACCAAAUGGUAGCCCGCUAUCCGUCAGAUCACAAGCGGGAUAUGACCCAACCCGAACUGAUGGAGCCAUCGGUCAUGAGGAGGAGGAAGUCUCUCAACAGGAAUUUCUGACGCAGCCACCUGCUGAUACCCGCCUCCAUCAGCCGACUUGGACGAAGGAUGGUGGACCGAGCCGAACUCUUUUGGAGCUUCUGCGAGCCCGAGGACAGGCUAAAAAGGCCGUGGUAGACACUGAUAGGAAAUCAACGCCUUCUGCGGAUUUGGGGAACGGUUCAGUCCCGGCUCCUAUUCGAAAGAUUGUCAAAGCCUCUCCUGGCCCGGUGGCAACAGAUGGCAGUUCUGAUUUGACGCCAGAGCGCGAUGCAAACAUAAAACUGCCGGGAGCAACACCCUCCCGUCCCACAAGUCUGCCUGCUUGUUCAUAUACGCCGAGGAAAACCGAAAAUCGCUCGAUAGAGCGUCACGAAUCAGAAGACAACGACAUUUCUACGCAAGCGAAUACCGAGCAAACCGACAAAGUCGUCUCUCCGGAUACAUCAAGGAUCUCGAAUCAUCUCGAGCAGGUAAUUGCUCCGCCACUUCCGGACACGGUGGUUCAACGCUUCCGACGCUGGCGGCAAGAAUCUCAAAAGUAUUUGCCAAGAUACAUUCAAAAGAUUCCUCGAGAGCAACAAAAGCUUCUGGAAUCUGAUGAAAGUUGGCAACCACCUCUUGUUGGUCGUCCAGAAAGACCAGGACAAGUACCCCUAUCACUCCUUGAGGAACUCUCGAAUGCGGCCGAUAAUGUUGUGGAAAAUGAGUUAUUGAGAUCGCGCAAUGAGGAUCAGCAUGAAACGAUUGACCGUGCUCACGAUCAAGAGACAGUAAAAGUGAACGGGAAUGAACAAGAUCAUUCGAACGAUUCAGAUGAUUCAGAGGUUACUUGGGAUUUAAGCCCACCUACCCAACAACGCCGGCAACAACGGCCCGCACCUCUGCCGCCCAACAGCCCACCAGUUGAUCUAUUGCAGCCAAAAGAACCUAUCCACCCGGAGAAUAGUGAUCGUUCGACUGAAAAUCAGAGUCCCGAACAAUCCCCCUUGUCUGCUAGAGCUAUAGUCCACGCCCACCAAAAUUCCCAGAUACAUAUUUUCUCCAACCCUGGUGACCAAAGUUACAAUUCGACCGCCAUCUCUAACGCGCCUAUUGAACAAGAGAGCAACAGUUCAAUGUCGUCUAUCGCCCCAAACACCGCCUCCGAACAAUAUGUGAGGGAGGACCGAGGGGGAACCGGAUCAAUACAAUGUCCAAUCCCAUCGACAGCUUUUGAACACCCGGCUAGCUCUGGCGCAAAGCAUGUGCAGGUCCAGAAGACUCCGUCGCCUAGGAAAGAGCCGCAUUCUCGAGAUCUUCUGUCCGCUCAAGCCAUAUAUCGAUCAUCGAAGGCCAUGGUUGAUGACGGAGAUCCUGUGUCUAUUCCUGGCAGAUUGUCGCAGAAUGAUAUGAACACCAUCCCCGACCAGACGGUUGAAGGACCCAAAAUGACAAGGGAGCAAAAUUCAAGGACCACGAAUUCAAUUGUUGUUAAAUAUCACGAUCGAGCCCGCUCUCCGCCCGUUGAAGGUCCGCAUGGGAAUAUCAAUCACGCUGUGAAUCCCCCAAAUAAGCCAAACCUGGGUGCCACCGCAUCUUCCGAUGCUCAAGAUUUUCGAUUGCCAUUAACGACAGGUGGUCUUCCUCAAUCAUCAACCACAGAAGAACUCCAUAGUGAUACACGUCAACCAGUCAAGCCGGUCCUAAACGUCGAAAAUGGCCCUCUGGAUACGGUCUCGUUCCCGAUAGUUCUAAAUGAGAGGUCUGAACAGGUGGGAUCGAUGACGGGAAUCGCACAAAGAGGUCCACCUCUGUCUGACACACACCCCCUCCGGAGCAAUUCUGAAUAUCUGGGGAAGAGAACAAAUCGGGCGGAAAAUAGCCAUCCACGCAAGAGACAGCGAAUGACUUCUGAUGGAGAGACUUUUCAAAAUCAUCGGCAGGCCUUGUCAAAUUCGACCGGACCGGAAGUCUCAGGACGACACUCUUCCUCUUCGUCAAUGAAGGACGCUGAUAGUAUCAAUGUGGGCCCGGAAAAAUCAGCACAUACGCCAAUCACUCGUGUGUCCACAUACGAUGGGAUUGAAGACGAUGAUAACAUUCGACCAAGUGACUCGGUCUCUACCACAUCAGAUUCGGUAGAUGCAGAGAAACUGUUUUCCAGUUUCCAAAUCGCCUACCCAGAUUAUGACGGAACAACAAAUCAAUUCAUCACGUCAUGUCAAUUUCUCAAGGAUCUGUUGAGCAAGGGCCAAGAACACCAUCCCUUCCUUUUCGAUGAUAUGAUCUUUCACCACCAUCACAGCUUUCGUCCAUAUCUAAUGGAAGAGGGAAUGAUUGCUACCGUCCCACUAUUAUUUUCGGAGUUUUAUCGCCAACGCAUCACAAAGCCCACCCACCUUGAGGGGAUUGUGACAGAAUCAGCUCUCAAAAAGCUACCCAAUCGGACUCCGUCGACUGUAUCUGGAAUCAACAAUUCUAAGCGACACCCCAAUACUGAUUCAUCAACAUUCGCAAGACCGAUAACCGUCAGAGAAGAGAGCAAGAACGGGUCAAACUGUCGCUCUUGGGAUCAAUUCCAUGCUGAGAAUGAUUUAUAUGCUCACUCUGACAAUGGCGUUGAAAAUUGUGGCCCGAGAGCCUCUGGUAUGCCAUCACCAGAGUUGGGGACUCCAAAUAUUGAUCGGAGUCUCAGUGACAUCAAUCCUUUGGACAUAUCACCCAACGACACCCCAAUAUUCGUGUCGACAAUGAAGGAAACCGUAUCACGGUCCCAGGAGAGAAUUCCACCCCGAACGCAAAAAUGGCAAAAUUCGCAACCAAGGCAGGAGAGCUCGACCGAAUCCCCCAUGACUCGGGUUCAAAAACGUCCAAGACCAUCAGCCAGCCCAUUUGUCCGACCACCCAAAUCGACUCCUACUUCUGCGCCGAAGCCGAAUCCGGAUGUCUUACGGUUAGAGUCUCCCAAUUCAUCAUCUUUGGGAACGAGCCCAUUCGCGAAACUACGAAAGCGGAUAUCUGAUGCCUUACAAAGAGAAUCUACGGCUGCAGGGUCAGCAGUCAUCGCACGAUAUCAUGAGCGAGAGAAAGAGAAAGAAAUCAGACCAGCAUUUGAGCUAUUCGCGGAGGAUUACUCACUCCUGAACAGUGAAAAACUAGCAAGGGUUGGCACAACUUCAAAACGAAGCGGUGGUGGAAUUAACAUAUUCUCUUGGAGGACUUGA